AUGGCAAAGCGCAAGACCUUUAAUUCGGUGGAGGCGCAGCCGUCCUCUCCCUUUUGGCACCCAGCGGGGGGAAACUCCGUUUGGUGGCGGCACUACGGCGCAGCUUCGAACCAGCUGUACAGCCAGUGUGCGGCUAAGAGGGGCGCAGCAGCGAGGGCCGAUUGCUGCCACUUGUACAACUUGCAUGCCUCGCAAGCCGUCUUCCGCUUGCCGACUUGCUGCAGAGUCGGCGGCGCCGUUCCCGGCGAAGCUGAAGGCGCCGAGGCCCGCGAAAAGUGCCAGUGCAGCCGCGUCGCCAUUUUCGACCUUGACGGCACACUCAUAACAACUCGCAGCGGCAAAAAGUUUCCCACUUCCGCGCAAGAUUGGAAGCUUCUCUUCGACCCGCACGUGCGGGCGAAGCUCCAGCGGCUGCACGAGCUCGGCUAUUCCAUUUUUAUUCUGUCGAACCAACUGGGCGUGGCCGUUGGCCACGUGUCGCUGGAAGAGAUAACCAGCAAAGUUGACGGAGUCCAGCAGGCGCUGGCGGUGCCUCUGACUGCCUGUCUUUGCUGCUGCGACGACCUCUACAGGAAGCCCCGGCCCACGGCCGGGGCCUUCAUUUUCAAAAACUUGCUUCCCCUGCUGCAGCAGCAGCAGCAGCAGCAGCAGCAGCAGGUUGCAGCUGCAGCCAGCGAGGACUGCAAGUAUCCGCGCGUGUUCUACGUGGGCGACGCCGCGGGGCGGCCGGGCGACCACAGCGCUGCGGACUUGAAGUUCGCGUUGAAUGCUGGAAUUCGAUUUUUCACUCCUGAGGAGUUCUUCGAAGAAAAGGCUGCGCCGCUGCUGCCGCUGCUGAGCCGCAGAGCAAGUGAGGGGAAGCAGCAGCUUCUGGGGGGCGGCGAGGGGAGCCUGGGGAGUGCGGGGAAGCGGAAAGCAAGCGAAGUUGCUGCAGCGGCCUUCGACCCCUGCGAGCUGCUGAAGGGCGAGGCUCAGCCUCACAAGAAGAGCGCCACUGACACGGAAACUUGCACUGAGGCAAAGGCCCCUGCGCAGGAGCUGGUCGUCCUCAUAGGGGCCCCGGGCAGCGGCAAGAGCACUCUGGUGGAGAAGCUGUUUCCAGGGCACGGCGUCGUGCGCCAGGACGAUCUGAAGACGAAGGCGAAGUGCGAGGAGCUCUGCGCGAGGCUCCUUCGAGAGGGAAGAAGUGUGGCGAUAGACCGGCAGAACGCCACCAAAGAAGACCGCCAGGUGUUCAUACAGCUGGCGAAGCAACACGCCCCCGGCUGCGCAGUCCGCGGCCUCGCGCUGCUCUGGCCGAAGGAAGUUUGCCUCCACUUGGGGCAGUUCCGCAGCCUGGCGGCCGCGCUGAGGGCUCGAGCUGCUGCAGGCGCUGCUGCAGCGCCGGCGCAGUCUGCCUCUCGCUUUCGGCUGGCGAAAGUGCCGAAAGUGGUGGUGAAUUCGUUCUACGCGAAGGUGGAGCCGCCCACGCUGGAGGAGGGCUUCGGCUCGGUGGAAAUCCUCCAAGACGUCGCCAGGGACUUUCUCCUGCACAACGACUUCGUCUCCGAUGAAGAAAGACGCAUAUUUGCCUCCUUCUUAGACUGA